GAGUGUGGUAAUGCACACCGUUUCAAACUAUUUGGGUAGAUUUUGAUUGGUGUGUUUAUCCGUCAACUGGUUGUUAACUAGCUUGCUGGCUCCAGGAAGCUAAUGAAACAAUGCAAAACCAGACCAUCAAUUGGGAAAACAAUCUACUCAGACAGAAUGAGAGUUUGAUGAACCAAAUGAGGGAGCUAAGAGAUGAAAACAACAGUCUGUUAAAACUUCUUGGCGAAAAGGACUUUGAAAUAAACAACAUCAGGAUGAAACUGGAGGACGAGAGAGUGUUGAUCUUGGCUGGUGCAAACAGCUUGGCAGGAGAUGCGGCUGCUGUCAAGAUCGUGUCGUUGUCCAAGAAGAACCGAGAGCUGACUGCAGAAGUGGAGCGGGAAAAAUCUAAAUUCAGGCAGCACAACAACAGAAUCAAGGAUCUUGAGAAGCAGCUGCAUGCUGCUCUGCAGUUAAUACCAGGACAAAAGACUGAUGCAAACUGUGUCCAGAAAUCAAACUUCUCUAAUGACACUGAGGAGAGUCCAGUGAUGAAGACCCUGAAAGAGAAAUUAGCUGCUGCCCAGCUCAAAGCCACUGAGUACCGCAACCAGGUUCAGUUUCUCAAGCAGGAGUUAAAAGUGGCUCAGAAGGUUUUGAUGAGCGAGGUCGGUGAAGAUGUAAACAUUCAGCAGUUACUGAGCAGUCCAGGUAGCUUUAGAGGACGUGCACAGCAGAUACUGGCUCUCCACGCAAGGGUGCGAGACCUGGAGCAGCAGCUAAAGAAGGCGACGACUCAGUCAAGUGUGCAGAACGUGGAAGAAGAACUUCCUGGUUUUGGAAAUCCUCAAAAAAUCCCAACUCAGGUCCGAAACAUCAGCUACAUCCGCACAAUUGAGAAGGAGAAGAAGGAAGCCUUUGAGAGGAUUUCAGCUAGCUAUGAAGCUCUCCAGAAAGCGCAUGAAGAUGUGAAGAAGAAGCUGGAAGCCUCCAAAGCCAGGAACAAAUGCUUGUCCGACGAAAAGGCAGCUCAAAUAUCGGCCCUAAGGGUGAAAAGUAAACAUGACGACGAGCUUGUGGACGUUCUGCUGAAGGAGAAGGCCCAGAUGCAAGAGAUGCUGAGUCAGCUAACCAAACAGUUGGAAGCACAGACCACGGUGACUCAGCCAAGAACGGUACAGAAGUUGGACACAGAGCUGUCCAUGCAGAAUACUCUCAUCCAGAACUUGUACCAAGUGGCUGCGGACAAAGAGAACAUCAUCAAAGAAUUAGAGGAGAAAAUCCAGAAGCUUUCAGUCAAGCAGGAGCAGUGUGUGGAAAGUCAGGCCACCACCAGGAGCGCCACUUCAGUACGUUCCCCGGAAGAGGGUGCUGUUGAAAAGAAAACGUCUGCGCUUCCUCCUGCUGUCAACGGGCCGUGGUAUUUGCAGCAGAAAACCACUGGAACACAGCAAAAUAAGUAACUUCCCCCAGUUAAUGGUGUUAUACAGUAGUCAACACAGGCGACCAGUAGAGUGAUAUCAGGUUUGACUCUUUUGAACCCAUCAGAACCUUUCCAGGCAAAACACAAGCAUGUA